CUCCUCGCGCAGGACCGGAGUGGUGUUCACUCGGCCGCGCGCCACGGCGCGACAUGCCCAGCUGAUGUUUAUUUAUACCGCGAGCUCGGCGGAGGGCGCGCGCGGGAGGCCCUCCCCUCCGCGGCACCACGGUUUCGCGUGAUGCAGCCGAGCGAGCUAGCCGACACCGCGCACGCCGCUAGCGGAAAUCCCCCGCAGCGUGGCCUCAACGGUGGCCGAUUCGACUUUGAUGAUGGUGGUACCUAUUGUGGCGGUUGGGAGGACGGCAAGGCCCACGGUCACGGUGUGUGUACUGGACCGAAAGGACAGGGGGCGUAUGCCGGCUCCUGGCACUUUGGAUUUGAAGUAUCCGGCGUCUACACCUGGCCCAGUGGAAGUUCCUUCGAGGGACAAUGGCAAAACGGCAAGCGGCACGGUUUGGGCGUGGAAACGCGCGACCGUUGGUUGUACCGGGGAGAGUGGACUCAAGGCUACAAGGGCCGCUACGGCGUCCGACAGAGUAGCACAAGCAACGCUAAGUACGAGGGUACCUGGGCUAACGGCCUCCAAGACGGAUAUGGUUCAGAAACAUACGCCGAUGGCGGAACAUACCAAGGACAAUGGAUGCGAGGACUCAGGCAUGGAUACGGAGUGCGCACGUCAGCACCCUUCGGUUUGGCAUCUCACUACCGCGGGGGUGCUCGGGAUCACCGUGGCUCGCUCUCAUCGCUGGCGGAGGCGACGGGUACUCCUGACCCCUCCGACCGUCGGACGACGCGCAUGGACGAUGCCCGAGGUGGCUUCGUACUUAAAGCCAGCUCUGAUGAGCCAUCGGGUAGAAGAGGUUCUCUUGUUGAGAAGACUAAAAAGGGACUUCUUGCCAAGUUACGCAAGCAACGCAGUGCCGGCGAGUUGGACAAGCGCGGCACCGGCUCGGUACGGUCAGGCGGCUCAGGCGGUUCAGCUUCAUCCUGGGUUUCGUCGGUUGAAAGCACGCAUUCCGCUACUACGCGAGGCUCAUUGCAUACCAACUCUAACACCAGUUUCAUUGUUGAGGAUGAACACUUGGAUGCCAGUGUAACUGAAACAUAUAUGGGUGAAUGGAAGAACGAUAAGCGUACUGGAUUCGGCGUUAGUGAACGUAGCGAUGGCCUUCGGUACGAGGGCGAGUGGUUUGCAAAUAGAAAAUAUGGCUAUGGUGUUACAACCUUUCGAGAUGGGACCAGGGAAGAAGGGAAAUAUAAAAACAACGUACUUAUAACCAGCCAGAAACGUAAACAUAUGUUCCUUAUGCGAUCGGCGAAAUUCCGAGAACGAGUUGACUCAGCAGUUAAUGCAGCACAACGCGCGUCCAAAAUAGCGCUCCAAAAAGCCGACAUUGCUAUUUCUAGAACCGCUACAGCCCGAGGUAAAGCUGAGCAAGCAGAUGAAUCAGCAGACCAAGCUAAAGAAGACUGUGAUAUUGCACAAACAACUGCUAAGCAGUUCGCACCAGAUUUUAAGCAUCCUGGCUUUGACCGCAUAGGUUUAAGAGAAAAGUAUCGACAAAAAGUCUAUGAACAACAAAUUAAUACUCCUGUAACACAAGAAGCCGACAAAAUCUUAGACGGAAAGAGCAUUCCAAAUCAUAUCCCUCCGAUGCACCAACAGAUUCCCCAAAUGAAUAAAAUACCAAACGCGAUUUCUUCUAGAAGACCAUCAACUCAAUACCAGCAUAAUACAGGGCAACCACUGGAUCCAAGAUACCCAAAUAACCCUCAUUUUAGUGCCGAUGAUAGAAAUCAAGGUUCUCAAUUUGACCAAUUUUAUAAACCUAACCAAGAAACAUGGAACGCUCCUGGAACGACGCAAAAUCAAAUACAAAAUCAAAAACUAUACCCAUCAAACAAUCCACCAAGUGGAUAUAACGUACCGGAUAAUCAAUCAGCGCCACAAUCUGCUUAUCAAUUACAGCAUCAACAAAGUAUGGACCACAGUAACCAACAAUACUCUAAUCAAAAUCGCCGAUUUUCGUCUUCCAUACGACCAUCACCAAAUCAACGACCGUCACAAGAGUGGAACGCAGCUCCGGGAUUAACGAGACGACAAAGUAUUCUUGCUCAACCAAUGAAUGAUCCUCAAAGUGAAUCGUACGUUGAUAGCGCUAUGGCUGCAUAUCGAAGAAAUGAACUUCGUACUGGUACUGUGCAUUCAGAAGGUCCUCUAGAUAGACAAGCUCCAAAUACAGAAUCACAAGGAUAUCGUCAACCUUUGGAUCAGCAAGCUUACCGUCAGCCAAUCGACCAACAAAUGUAUCACCAAUCUUCCAUGAACCAACCAGGCUAUAGACAAACACCAGACAAGCAAAUGUAUCGUCAACAAGCGAUGGACCAGCAAUCUUACAGGCAACCGACAUCAACAGAGCAAGAUAUAAUUAAUGGGGAACGUGAAUUACGACAACAAGGAUCACGCCCGUCAAUUGAUUACUUUGAUCAUUACAAAAGACCUCCUAGCAGAGACUCUAGCGUGGACCGCUAUGGCAGACGAUCAAGACAGCCAUCUGUAGAGGCUGUUCCUCCAAGUGGCGGCUCUCGGGCUGGAUCUGUUGCACCACAACCAUUACCUGCAUCUCGUCCUGCAUCCCGAGCAGCAACACCAGCUGGCAAUGGUCAUUUAGCUUCCGGCCGUGGCUCUAUUUCUAGAGCUUCUUCAAGAGAGCAACAGCCUUUCGAAGAUUCUCUUUUACGAAAAAGAACCCUUGGUCAAGAAAUUUCUCCAUCACCCUAUCAACCUAAAAGGACAGAAAGCUUAUUUGUAGCACAAAAUCCAGCACCACCGCCUCCGGCGCCAAUGGGCGGAGGAGGAGGAGGUGGUGGAGGUCGAAAGAUGCUAAGCACACCACAAACGCUGCAACGCAAGAAGUCUUUGCCCGACGUGGCGGGCAUGCCGCGGCUGCCGGACGGCGGGGGCAUGUCCCGCGAGGAGGUAUCUGCACUGGGCUCCGCGCGCCGCGAGGAAGUUCGCCGCAUGCACGAAGAGUCCGAGAAACUGAGAGCCAACCCCCUCCUCUACCUAGUUAGUCCACAAGUGAAGGACUGGUUCUCCCGGCAGCAAUUAGUGAUCUUAGUAUUGUUUAUCAACAUCUCGUUAGGUAUUAUGUUCUUCAAAUUGCUGACGUAGCGCCGGCAGGCGGCGCCGUCGCGCCUUUUAUCUCAGUGUAGCGACACUCGUGUACAUAACAAUUGUAAAAAAAAUUAAACACAAAAACAAUAUCUGACGUGCAAAUAUUUCAUAUAGUACAUAACUAAUUUAAACACUUAUAAUCAAUCAUAACUCCUAUCCAAAAAUAUAAUUUUACGGAUUUCAAUUAGCCAGUGUACUUUUGUAAAAGUUGUGAAAGUGGAAAAAUCAAAGACAAAUUAUGAGAAAACAGUGCAAACCCAACCCACGUCGAAUCAAUGUAACUUCAUGGUGUGAGAGUGAGAUUUUUGUGACCACUAGACGAAAUUUCGAAUGUAAGCACGAUUUACUUAAGAACCUGCAUAUUGUAGGUUGGUCGUAUUAUAAUAUUAAAAGCUUGCCUUAUUAAGUAAAUUCAUUUAAGUGAAAAUAACAUCGGAAUGGAAAUGAGUGUGGUGAGCUUAGGAAGUUCCAGAAAAUGCAAUGAGACAUUUAUUAAUAGUAAACUAAAUGAUAAGAUAUUUACACAAUUUAAUAUUUUGGCAUUAUAUUAGAAUUUAAAUAUUUGACAGUUUAGUAAUAAUAGCGUAGACUCAAAUUAAGAAUUACAUUGAAAAUUGUAAACGCCAACGAAUAAAAAUUAUUUGCUUGUUUCGAAGAAUAUUAUGAUAUACUUCGUAUUUUAUGAAAGAUUUUUGAAUCUUUUAAUAAAAAAUCCUUGCAGAAAAAUGUUACCAUAGUUAUAUUUAAUGCUUAAAUUAAAAAUCUUUUAAAGUGCUAAAUAUACGAUAGAUUAGUUUACUAUUUAUUAUUUAACUUUAUUCAAUGUAUUGUAUUGAAUCUGUUACCCCAGUUUUUUUAUAAAUAUUUAAAAGAAAUUUAUUAAUGUUUGGUGGGCGAUUAGAACAAAUUGCUUGUUCUUUAUUUCUUAUAUUAAAAUAUGUUCUUAGAUUAACGAGAAAAACGAAAUCUAUUUCAAACUUUGACAAAAUGAACAUCCAAUUUUUAUACAAAUAGGUAUACUUAUAAUUUUGUGUUGUAACUAUGUCAAUUUCUUGUAUUUGAAUUUUUUAUAUAAGAAAAUGAAAUUGUACCAUAUUUAUUAUAUAAAAUAAUUUAUAUAAAAGUGUGCAUGCGAGAUUGUUGAUACGCUGUACAAUUACGAAAGUUGUGGUAAACGCGCAAUUCUUAAAUUGUUAAAAGUAAGACAAUUUCCGCAGUUUCUUCAUUAUGUAAAAACUUUAAGUUAUCUUUAAGAGUUUUAAUUACUUGUAUCAAUUUUAUCUACGUUUCAGAAAUAAAAUAUUUUAAC